AAAUUUAGUUUCUUCUUCUUGUUCCUGUCUCAAUCCGAUUUUUGAUUUUUAUUUCCUCCACCACCGUGAAAUAUGAUUGCCGCCGGAGCUAAAUCGCUAUUAGGGCUUUCGAUUGCUUCUCCAAAAGGGCUUUCCGAUAACAAUUCAAUGAGUAAUUCAAGAUCUGUUGUUGUUGUUCGUGCUUGUGUUUCUAUGGAUGGAUCACAAACUCUGAGUCAUAGCAAAAAUGGAUCUAUUCCUGAGCUUAAAUCUAUUAAUGGUCACACGGGACAAAAGCAAGGUCCUUUGUCUACGGUCGGAAACUCGACAAACAUAAAGUGGCAUGAAUGUCCUGUUGAGAAAGUUGAUAGACAGAGGUUGCUUGAUCAGAAAGGAUGUGUGAUUUGGGUCACCGGUCUUAGUGGUUCAGGGAAGAGUACUUUGGCUUGUGCUUUGAAUCAGAUGUUGUAUCAAAAGGGGAAGCUUUGUUAUAUUCUUGAUGGUGAUAAUGUUAGGCAUGGCUUAAACCGUGAUCUUAGCUUUAAAGCUGAGGAUCGUGCAGAGAAUAUUCGUAGAGUCGGAGAGGUUGCUAAGCUCUUUGCGGAUGCUGGAAUCAUCUGCAUUGCGAGUUUGAUAUCUCCUUAUAGAACAGAUAGGGACGCUUGUCGAAAUUUGCUCCCCGAGGGAGAUUUUGUCGAGGUGUUCAUGGAUGUACCGCUUGAAGUUUGCGAGGCGAGGGAUCCCAAGGGUCUUUACAAGCUUGCUCGUGCAGGAAAGAUCAAAGGUUUUACCGGGAUCGAUGACCCUUACGAGCCACCAUUGAACUGCGAGAUUUCUCUAGGCCGCGAAGGAUCAGGAACUUCUCCAAUCGAAAUGGCUGAAAAGGUCGUCGGAUACUUAGAUAACAAGGGUUAUCUUCAGGCAUAACAUACUUUAGAUACACAAAUUUGUUAUCCCACGGUCAUAGUUCUAUUUAACAAGCCAAAGUAUAAAAUUAAGCAAAUCCA